AUGCUCACUACACGUUAUGAUUUAUUUAUUGGUAUUGGUAUUGGUGCUGUAUCUGUUAUUAUUAUAAUUCUUAUCGUAACAAUUAUAUUUUGUAAAUGUUGCGUACCAUCAUCAAGUCAUCGUUAUUUUAGUCGAUCUACAAGACAAUACGCAGCUAUUAAUAAUAUUGAUGCUAAAACAUAUUUUAAGCCUCCACAACGUCUGAUAUAUGCACCUAUUGUUCAUCGUAUUCCACAACCACCAGUUAUAACACAAGAUGCUUCUUCAAUACAAUCAGCUCGUACAUCAGUUGCAUCUGGUGGUCGUUUAUCAAUUUUAUCCGAAAAAUUCUCUCGUUUAUCAAUUAGUUCAAUUCAAUCAGGUCGUCCAUCCGUAGCAUCAGAUAGUGUUUUACUACAUAAAAAAGGUGAAAGUGGUCGUUUAUCUCAUUCUUAUGAUGAUACAGAUACACAAGCAAUUACAGCACAUUAUUCAGGUCGAAGAAGUUCAAAAGCACCACGUUUAUCUGCAGCUGGUGUUAUUGAUCCACAACUCGUUGGACUUAGUUCAGUAACAAAUUUAAAAAAUAUUCGAUUUGAAUUAUUUCCACGUACAUCAGAUGUUGUUGAACAAUCUAUUUCAUGUGUUGAACAACAACAACAACAACAACCAUCCACAAGUUCAGUAAUAACAACAUCUGAAUAUGUAGAAGAACCAAGUACAUUUACAUUAUUAAAACGACAAUUAUCCAAAGCUGAUUCAGUCAAAUCUUCAAAUACAAAUCAACGUCAAUCAUUACUUCGAUCCCCAUCAACGAAAUAUGCAAUACCGAAAUUUCCUGUUAUUGGAAAACAAACAAGUAAUAUAAAUCGAGCUUCCAUGCCACCAUUAGAUCAAGGUUUUCUUUCACCACCUAUUUCACGUCAAACAAAUUCUCAUCUUAAUAAAGAUAAAACUUUACGUGGCGCAUUAGGUGCAAUUAUGCCUGAUCUCUACUUUAUCGACACGACAUGUGCUGGAAAUAGCUCUAGUAAUGGUACUAGUGGAACUAAUUUUAAUGAACGAAUAAACGAUGAUUUAUCAACUGUAGAAGAAAAUUUACAUCGUUUACAUAUUCGAAUUCAAUAUGAUGAUCAUAGAAAUGAUCUUCUUGUGAAUAUAAUUGAAGCUCAAUGUUUACCAUCAGAAUCUGAAGAAUUAGUUAAUCCGUAUGUAAAAAUUUAUCUUCGUCCACCAGUUGAUCAAAAAUUACGUCAAACAUCAGUACAACCACAGACAAUAAAUCCAAUUUGGAAUGAAUAUUUUAAAUUUGGUGUUGCUAAUGAAACAGUAUUUAAAACAACAAAAACUUUAUAUUUUUAUAUUUAUAAUUAUGCACAUUCAAGUCGACCAGAAUGUAUUGGUGAAGCACAAAUACGUUUAACACCACAAACAAUGCAUGGUUGUGACCUUUGGUGUCCUAUUAAUAAACAACGAGAGGAAGAUGAAUAUCUUGGUGAAUUACUCGUUUCAUUAACAUAUUUGGCUCAGGCUGAACGACUUAAUGUUGGAAUUAUUGAAGCACGAAAUCUCAAAGCACUUUCAAUGCACAUUGAAGCAGAUCCAGUCGUUCGUUUAACAUUACAAUUAGGUCAAACCGACAAAAUAAAAAGAAAAAAAACAAGCGUUAAACGUAAUACAUUAAAUCCUACAUGGAAUGAAGAAAUUUCAUUUAAUAUACCGGGUGUUUCAUUAGAUGAUUCAUGUCUUGAAAUAGGUGUUUAUCAUCAUGAUCUUAUUGCGCCUGAUGAACCAUUAGGAUUUUUACGUUUUGAAAAUACGACACCAAUUGGUAAUGCUAAUAUUGCACAACAUAGUGAAAUUAUUCAUUGGUGUGAAGUUAUAAAUGGUGGACAACGAGCUGCUUGUUGGCAUUUAUUACGAAAAGCUGCAAGAGUUGUACCAGUAACAACAUCAUUAUCAAAUAAUAAUAAAAAUACACAACAAUCUAGAAAUUCUACAAAUUUUGCUAAAUAA